AUGUUUGGAGUUAUUUGUGCAGGUCGACCAAUUCAGACUAAUGUUCAACAGAUUGAAAAUAACAAGUUUAUAUUUGUUCUGGAAAAUGCAUUAACUAUUAAUCAUAUAGUUAUAUUUUUACUCCCGGAUAAGUCUUUUCAUGAUAAUUUUGGAGCAACUGUACAUUUUCAGUAUUCUGGGAAAUCUUUUCAACUUUUAGGAGGACUUUCAAAUAAAAAACCGUCUGCAAUUUUUCGACUUAAAAAUACAUCAAAUGCAAAUAAUGCAAACUCUGAAACAGAUGAAAUGUCAGAUUCUUUAGAAUCUUUAUCUAUUUCUGCUGUCCUUGGUAUUAGUAUUGAACCUUUAUUAUCUAUAGAACAGCAGCUCUCAUCUUUGUCUACAAUUCAAGAAAACCAGAAAAAAUUGGAAAAAUCUAAAGAAGUUUCAUUAUCAAUGCCAUCUGUUCAAAUUACUUUGCAAAAAAUUAUGACAAAUUUAUAUAAUUUUAUUGUUGGAUUUGCAACUUCUCAACUUCCUCAGGGCUCAAUGUUACUUAGUAAUAUACAAAUAGAUAAUACUUAUAUUCCGCUAAAGGCUUUUCAAGAUUGGUAUUCCAAGUUUUUUUCAAAAUUAUCAAUAGAUCCAAGUUUUCUUGAAAAAGAACAAUAA